UCUUCGCUGAACCUGUCGUUCCUUGGAAUCUUCACGUCAUCUCCAAAUUCCUCUGUUAUUGACCCACUGUUUUGUAAAUCGUUCGUUUUUCUAACGUCGACGGCUCAUUAAGGUGGCCGAACACUCAAAAUGAUCGUGUUUAUUGCCUGUUGAUGCUCUUUCUUGUGGCACUAGCUUUUGAUUCUGCAUUUUCUAGGGUUCGUGUAUUGAUUCCAAAUGGAGAAUGUAACUGAAUCUGCUUCUAGCUCAGCUCUUGCUUGGCGUUGGACCAUCGAAGCCCUUGCAUGUUUCGAGGAAGUGAAACCAUCUUUAUUACAUGAUGUAAUUGACAAAGCUUCAGAGUUAUUUGAUGGUACAAGAAAGAAUGCUGGGGAGAUGGUUGCUUUGAAAUGCUUGGAGGGUUUGUUUGGUCCUUUGAAUGAUAUUGGAGAAAAUGGACCUCCUGCUCAAGAAUCAAAAGUUAUGUUUGAUUCAUCUGAGAGUUGUGAAAAUGUUGUUAAACGCAUAUAUAAGGAGACUCCAGAAUCUGCCUUAAGAGUGGCUGGACCAGAUAUGUUAAAAUGGGAUGUUAAGCCCUUCAUUGACCAAAAAAAUGCAUCCAUGCGUUGCACAUUACAUCAGCUGAAAGAUUCAAUUCUCGAUGGUACGCAUCCUUAUGCUGAUUUCUUAAUACAGAAGAGUGGGUUGACGCCCAUAAAUAAGAGGGAUAACAUUUCUCUGAAUAAUGAGGAUCAUAUCAAGCUCAGCAGGAGACUCGAUGAUAGCUCCUCUAGUCCUCAGGGUAAAAAAGAAGAGGGUAAAGGAAGCCCUCUACUUGACGAUGAAAUAAGAAUAUCACUGGUGAACCCAUCUAGCUCUAGUUUAUUACCUUCUAAAAGGAGUGCCGUUGACUUUACAUCUGAAGAUGAGGCUAGACAGUUACCUGGUUGUGAUGAUGGUUUCAUAAAUGUUAAGAAGCUUAAGCAUCAUUCUGCACGUACUUUGUAUUCAGGACAGGAAGUGGCUUCUUCACAUGGAACAGAGCUGGUUGAAGAUUCAUCUGAGAGAAGUGGGCCACAAAUUGAGAGAGAUGAUACCAAUCACUUAGAUGGACAUCAGAUAACUUUGGUGGGAGACAAACUUGUAGAGGAGGAGCAUUUUGGGUCAAAGAAGUCUGGACAGUGUACCGCUACUGAUGAAUUGCAUGAAUCAGAUAUUCCUUAUACUGUGUUGGCUAGUACACAAGAUGGUGAAAUGCUUGAAGUUGUCAGUACCGAGAAAGUGGGAGAUGGAAAGGAGCUGCCUUUUGAACCAAAAGCAUCUAAUCAUUCUCCCGCUGAAGGCCCUAAUAAUUCCAAGUGUGACUCUGGACACGAUUAUCAUGUAAAUGAAAUGAUUACUGUGUCUCAUAGUGGAUUCCUGUCAACGACUGUUGCUACCAAUAUUGAUGUUGGCAUGAAUCCUGAUGAGAAAGAGAAAGAUAUAUUAAGUGACAGUGAUGGAUAUCACGAAACGAUAGAUAUUGCCAUGAGAAAAAAAGAAUUUCUUAGUUCUCAGUGUAUGGUCGAUCGUGAUUCUUUUCUAUUAGCUGACAGGAGAGAGAUAACAGUUUGUGUGAAAUGUAAUGAAGGCGGUCAGUUGCUGUCUUGCAAUAUCAGUGAUUGUCCUUUGGUGGUUCAUGCCAAGUGCUUGGGUUCCUCAGCUAGGAUGAAUGACGAAGGCAACUUUUGUUGUCCUUUCUGCUUGUAUUCACUUGCUAUAUCAAAAUACCUUGAAGCUAAGAAGCACGCUGCAUUGGCAAAAAAGAAUGUUGCUGCUUUCCUUUCUUGUUUUGCUUUGGAACGUCAGUCAAUAGAUAUUGAAGAGGUAUUGCAACAAAAAGAUCUUGAUCCUUCACGGAGAGCUGGAGUUGAGGAUGUUGCUAAAAUUUCUGAAGAUGUGGACUUGGAAAAUAAAGAGAAUGAAGUUACUCUAGAUGGAGAACAUGUAAAUGAAGAUGUUGACCGUCAAUCCAUUACAGAUACUGAGCGAAUAAUAGAGUUGUCAAAGCCAAUGCAUACUGCCAAUUCCAAUCAUAGAGAAAAUGAGUCGAGUCUUUUGAGAGUAGCACCUGAUGUUUUAUCAGGUGAGAAAGAUGAUAAUGAAUUGGUGGACCGAGAGUGUCCAGGAAACACUGCAGCAGAAUUGGUAGACCAAGAAUGUCAUGGAAAUACAGUAGCGGAAUUGGUGGACCAAGAGUGUCAAGGCAAAGAAAAUACAGUAGCCGGAUUGGUGGACCCAGAGUGUCAAGGCAAAGACAAUACAGUAGCUGAAUUGGUGGACCAAGAGUGUCAAGGCAAAGACAAUACAGUAGCUGAAUUGGUGGACCAAGAGUGUCAAGGCAAUGUUGCAGAACUGAAAGAUGGUCAAAAAGCCACAGAGCAGCAUGAGAUUUACAAAAUUCUCCACAAAGAUCGUGGGCCGAUUGAACCAGCAGAUAUGGAAGAUGAUUUACAGUACCAAACUGAUGACAAUGAAGACGAAGCUGCUUGUGCAAUUAUCACUGAAGGAGAAAAAUCUUCUGAUGAUGGCAAUGAUGACUCUAUUAUUUCUAGAUACUCCAUAAGAUUUCGACAGAAAUACCAUCAUACAAGUUCAGAAACUCAUCCAUCAAGACGGAAGAAACUGCCCUGGACAGCUGAGGAGGAGGAGGCAGUAUUGGAGGGAGUUCGAAAAUUCUCUAGCUCUGUUGACAGAAGUCCAACCAUACCGUGGAAAAAGAUUUUAGAAUUUGGUAGUAGUGUGUUUAGAUCUUAAAGAUAAAUGGAGGAACAUGUCCAGAAGUCCAAAGUUUAAAUGAAAGUGCUGUCAUUCCGUUUAGCUACCAACAUAUCUCAAAGGAGUUUCAGUGAAUAUUUCACAACAAAAGGGAGUUUCAGUGGAUGAUUUCACAAUCAUCUGGACCAUUUAAUGAGAAGGAGAUUGAUUCCAUUCCAUUGCAGCAAUUCAAACUUCCACAGGAGGGAGAGAAAAGAAGAGAGAAGGAAACAUGAGCAUGAGCAUGAGCAUGGGAUAAAGAUGAAGAGGAGAGUCUCAAGAAUCAUGGCACAAAGACAUGUGAAAAAGAAGAGCCCGUGAACUUCAAAAAUGAAACUGAGGUGACUCUCUCCACUCCUCACUACUUCACUCUUCUUCUACUCACUUAGAUUUCUCCAAUAUAGAAUCCAAUGAACACCUCUCUCAUACUUCAUUUAAUUUUCUCUUACCUUUUCUCUCUCUUUAUUAUUGUUUGUUUGUGAUCUAUUUCACUUCUCUUCUCUUAUCUGUACUAGCAUUAGUCCAGAUCUUUGGGUUGCAAAUUCCGUAUUACAUUUGGCACAAUGGGAAGUAUGGGAAUAUUGACCCAGCUUUAAAAGGUUAAAUUAGCGUCACUUCAAAAACAAGGAAAUGCCUUUUUGGUUCUUUUAGUUUUGAGUAUGAUUUUUAUUUUGUCUGUACUCUUACUCUUGAGUUUUGAAUUCAUUUUUUCUAGAUUUCAAAAAGUUACAUUUUAA